UGCAUUUUGAAUUAUUUUUCAAAAUUCCCGGUGACUCACUUUAAGGGUUUUUUUUUUACUUAGCGCCCAGAGCUCUGAUUUUUCUAAAUGCAAAUGGUUUUGUUUCUUUACUAUUCAUUUUCUCUCCCUAACGCUACUUUCUCUGUAUCUCAGUCUCUGUCAAAUUUUUUAAUAGGGUUUCAAUUUUUUCGACUUAAUUCUCUGCAAAUCCAUUAUUUCUAUUAGUUUCUCGUCCUAAAAGUCUAGGUUUGCAUUAGAGUCGAAGAAGAAUGUUUGUGAUGCGUGCUCUCUGCAAGUUAAGCUCUAGGUCUAGGUUUCCAUGGCGAGUUGCAGAGGGUGAUCGAAGGUUUUUAACUGUGGCAGCUUGUAGCCAUGGAACCAUGAGUGGGAGGUUUUAUAGUGUUAGUACUUUGCUUCCUUUCAAUCCAGAGGUUUUGGGUUGCAAAGAAAUUUAUCAUAUCUGGAGUUCACAUGCUUACCAUGAUGCCAGGUAUCAAAUUCAUCAGGAGAGAAGCUCCAUUAUUGAGGAACCAGUUGAUCCAUUUUCACUUGUUGCCGAUGAAUUAUCAAUCCUUGCGAAUAGAUUACGUGCGAUGGUUGUUGCUGAGGUUCCGAAGCUUGCCUCGGCUGCAGAAUACUUCUUCAAGAUGGGCGUUGAGGGAAAGCGUUUCCGUCCUACGGUAUUGUUGCUAAUGGCAUCAGCUUUGAAGAUGUCAAUACCUGAAUCAGCAACAGAUACUGCACUCAAUAGUUUAUCAAAGGAACUACGGGCACGGCAACAGUGCAUUGCCGAGAUCACUGAGAUGAUCCAUGUGGCAAGCCUUCUUCACGAUGAUGUUCUAGAUGAUGCAGACACAAGGCGUGGUAUUGGUUCCUUGAAUUUUGUUAUGGGAAAUAAGCUAGCUGUACUAGCAGGGGAUUUUCUUCUUUCAAGAGCAUGUGUAGCACUUGCAUCAUUAAAAAAUACAGAGGUUGUGACAUUGCUGGCUACUGUCGUUGAGCACCUUGUUACUGGAGAAACAAUGCAAAUGACAACCUCAUCUGAUCAACGUUGUAGCAUGGAUUACUACUUGCAGAAGACAUAUUACAAGACAGCCUCACUUAUCUCAAACAGCUGUAAAGCUAUUGCUCUGCUGGCGGGGCAGACAGCUGAAGUUUCUGUGCUUGCUUAUGACUAUGGUCGAAAUUUGGGCCUGGCAUAUCAGUUGAUUGAUGAUGUUCUUGACUUCACUGGCACAUGUGCUUCCCUUGGCAAGGGUUCCUUGUCAGAUAUACGUCAUGGAAUUGUGACUGCUCCUAUAUUAUUUGCCAUGGAAGAGUUCCCUCAGUUGCGUAUGGUUGUUGAUAAGGGCUUUGAAGAUCCUGAUAAUGUCGAUAUCGCCCUUGACUACCUUGGUAAAAGCCAAGGAAUACAAAGGACCAAGGAUUUGGCAGCUGAGCAUGCAAGCCUUGCCGCUGCAGCUGUCGAUUCUCUUCCCCCAACUAAUAACGAAGAUGCCAUUAUAUCCAGAAGGGCCUUGGUGGACCUCACUCAAAGAGUCAUCUCCAGAACAAAGUGAUGGUGAGAUAUAAAUAACGUAUUUAUAUAUGUCCUUUCCCAUUCAUAAUGAAUAAAUUAAUUUUUAGAGAACUCUUCCUUGGGCUAAAGCAAGGCUCUUCUUCUCUUUCGUUUUUCUUUAUAUUCUUUUGAAUUAUUGGCCAAGCAUUUUUGCCGUUUGUAACCCAGAAUUUUCAUUGUAAAAGUUUCAUAAUCUUCCUGUUAACUCUCGGCAAUUUAAUAAUUCAAAUGAAUUUUGUACCAUUUGUUGGUUGGUCA